ACGCUUGCGCGUUACAGGCGUCUUUCAAAUUUGUUUUUAUCCAUUUAAAUGGCCUUAAUAACGCUCAAUAAUGCCAGCCAGCAUUUAUUAACAGUGUGAAAAUGUGAUAAUGCUUGUGUCUGGGCAUUCAAUCGAGCAGCUAAACACUGGAAAAAGUGUAACAAGAUUCGCCUGGCCAGCCACUUCCACUUCCUCCGUGUAUGUAUUGUAGUUGUUGCUGCUAUUUGAUUACAUAGCGCGAGCGCAGGAGAGCGAGCGAGAGCGCACAUCUUCUGCUAUUACCAAAAAGGGGCAGCAACAAACCGCAUUCCAGAGAGCGGACACGACGAAACCAGCAUCAAUGAAAAAGUGACCCGCAAUGCAUCACCACCAUCCGCCAUUGCCCAUAACGGGCACUGCGACUGUGGCAGCAGUGGCAGCGCCAGCGACAGGCAAUCCAUCAGCAUCGCCAGUCGUGGCAUCUGGCUCGACCGCGGCGGCAUCCACCUCGAACGUCCAGCAGCAGCAGCAACAACAACAGCAGCGGCGGCGUAAAAAGCGCCCCAAUUACAACUACAAUGGAACCCGCACCGUGGAGGUGCGACGAGGCUACAAUGGCUUCGGAUUCACCAUAUCGGGACAGCAGCCAUGUCGUCUGUCGUGCAUCAUCAGCAGCUCGCCCGCCGAGCAGGCCGGCCUACGAUCUGGCGACUUCCUCAUCUCGGUCAACGGCCUGAACGUGUCGAAGCUGCCGCACGAGACGGUGGUCCAGUUGAUCGGCAACUCCUUUGGCAGCAUACGCAUGCAGAUAGCCGAGAACUACUAUUCGGACAGCUCGGACGAGGAGAACGCCAAUGCCACGCUGCAAAUGCAGCGCAGUGCUAGAGGCCAGCUGCUGGCCGCCAGUUUGCGCCACAAGCCGCGUUUCCUGCAUCACAAAUCGAAGAUGCAUCGACUGCGCAAUUCGCCACACAAGAAGCUUCCGCCGGAUGCGGUGGAACCAAAGCCAAAGCCGAAGCCAGCACCGCCCACAGAUCACUCAACGCUGCGGCCCGUUCUGGAGGAUGCCCCGCUAGCGAAUCUCGCUGGCAAAUCGCCGGAUGUGGCCAAUGUGAGUGCCAUGGUGCGGGCCGUGGGCAGUGCGGCGCUGGAGUAUCGCGUGAUUGUGGGCUAUUUGGGCACCAUCGAAAUGCCCAAGCAAAUCUCCCACAGCUCCAAGCUGCAGACAGUGCGCUCCUGCAUUCGCAAGCUGCGGCAGGAGAAGCGUCAGCCCACCAUAGUGCUCAUGUGCAUCACACCCGACAGCCUCACGCUGCAGAGCGCCAACUGUGGAGUGCUGGCCACCUAUGCCUCGUCACGGCUGAACUACGUGAGCUCCUCGUCGGAGAGCGAGAAUCGUUUCUUUGGCCUGGUCACGAGCGCCGUUCACAAUACCCAAAUCGAGGAGGAGUACGAGCCAAAUGCUGGCAGCGGCGGCCAACACAUCAGCAUCUCGCACAGCUGUCAUGUGUUUGUGAUCGACACGAAGCUGAUUGAUCACGGACAGCAUCUGCAGCGAGCGCACGAGUUUCGGCUGCAGUGCACCAGGGAUCCCAUAUCAAAUCUGUGCCUGGAGUUUCCCAACAACUCGGAGUACGUGGUGAAUCUCAUUCGCAGCAUGUACACCAUGCGCAUCCUGCCACCGGCCAGUCGCAGCCAUCAGCCGGAGUAUGAGGCUGCUGCAGGAGCUGCGGUUGCCGGUGCCGCCGCCCACUCUCCGCAGCCGUCGAACCACAGCGAGAUUUCCACAACCACCUCCAACUCGGACUCGGGCAUUGGCUUCAACAACGACUGCACAAAUAUUUCCGAUCGCAUUUUGGUCGUGGAUUUCCUUGGGGCUGGAGCAGCGGCCGCAGUCCAUCCACCAGCAGCACCAUCCCAUCCGGCCCCAUCCCGUCCACAGGGGAUUGUGGGCAUGGCCGACAAUCGGUUGACAGUCCGGGCCAUGCCCGACCCGGCUGCUCAUCAAAUGUCACCCUCGGACAGCGCCUCGCUGCGUCGUCCGAAUCUCUUGGCCAGCUUCAAUCUCAUCAAGAGCCCGGCAACGAAUCUCACAUCCACGCGCUCUUGUGACGAUGUUCUCAACCUAUUUGUGGACGAUUCGCCGCGUGGUCUGGCUGGUGUUGCCUCCAUGGAUGACAUAUCCCUGCACUCCACUGCCCCAUCGUUGGACGAGCAGCCACACAUGUUUGUCCAUCCCUCGUGUGUGCCGCGCAAGCCACGCCGCUCGCUGGCCCUGGAGCCUGCACCCACAACACCGCACAAACUGAGUGUGCAGGUCUUUGGCCAGCCGGGCUCCCGUCACUCCCUGGGAUUCGAGGCCAUUGACAGCAUUCAGUCGUCGGCUAGCGUGGCCUGCAUCGAGCCACCCAUGGACACAUGGGCCAGCCUACAGAAUCUACACAAAACCCCCAAGGAUCGGCAGAGUUUGUCCGCAUCCUCGUCCACACAGUGCCUACUAGAAGCUACCAACAGUGAACCAGAUUUGGGGAACCGUGCUCUGCCCGCCAAUGCCUCGCCCUUUCGCCGAGCCUGGGGUCAGUCUUCAUUCCGUACACCGCGCACCGACAAGGUGGCCAAGCAGCUGCAGCCCCAGCAGCAGCAGCAGUCGUCGUCAUCGCCGCUGGUGAGACGCACUGCCUCGAUGAACGCCUCCGACCAUGAUGUGUACAUCAAGACGCUGAUGCUGGAUGACCUGAAGACGUCGACACGCAGCCAGCAACAGCUGAGUCUGCUGAAGGUUCCCAAAAUCCUGACCACGCCGGCGCCACCAUCCACCAUAUCGGUCAGCGCAGAGUCAACCGCAACAGACCUACCAGACAAUGGCAGCCCCAGCAGCUGGGGCGGUUCGUUCGAGCGAAUGCUGCAGGAUGCCGCCGGAAUGCAGACCUUUUCCGAGUUCCUCAAGAAGGAGUUUUCGGCUGAGAACAUUUACUUUUGGACCGCCUGCGAGCGCUAUCGCCUGAUCGAAUCGGAGGCGGAGAGGGCCAUCCAGGCGAGGGAUAUCUUUGGAAAGCAUCUGGCGAACAGCGGCUGCGAUCCCGUCAACGUGGACUCCCAGGCCCGCAAUCUUACGGAGGAGAAGCUCGCGAGUGCCGCUCCCGAUAUCUUUGCGCCCGCCCAGAAGCAGAUCUUCAAUCUGAUGAAAUUCGACAGCUAUCAGCGCUUCAUACGCUCCGAUCUCUACAAGAGCUGUGUGGAGGCCGAGCAGAAGAACCUGCCCCUGCCAUACAGCGGUGCCGAUCUGGAUGAGCUGCUGAAGACAAAUUUUCACUUAGCUGCCUCGUCAAAGCUCAAGAAGUCGGUAAGCAAUGCCGAGGAUCGACGCCGUAAGAGUCUACUCCCAUGGCAUCGCAAGACGCGAAGCAAGUCACGCGAUCGCACUGAGAUCAUGUCCGAUCUGCAGAGCAGCGCUUUGAUGCCAGCACCGCCGUUGCCGCCACCGACUCUGCUGACCAGCGCCUCGCUGAAGAUCGCCUCGGGCCAGAAUUCGCUGAGUGAUCUGCACAGUUCUCGCUCCUCUCUGUCGUCGUUUGACGCCGGUGUAUCGGGCGGCCAGGGAGCCAGUGCGGAGAGCGUGUGCUCUCUGUGUCGAGUGAUCCUAACGGAUGGAGCCACCACCAUAGUGCAGACGCGACCCGGAGAGACGGUGGGCCAGCUGGUGGAGCGGCUGCUGGAGAAGCGCAACCUCGUGUAUCCCUACUACGACAUUGUGUUCCAGGGCAGCACCAAGUCCAUCGAUCUGCAGCAGUCGUCGCAACUGCUGGCCGGCAAGGAGGUGGUGAUCGAGCGACGAGUGGCCUUCAAGCUGGACCUGCCCGACCCAAAGGUUAUAUCCGUUAAGAGCAAACCCAAGAAGCAGCUGCACGAGGUGAUCAGGCCCAUACUGACCAAAUACAACUACAAAAUGGACAACGUGCAGGUGAUAAUGCGCGACACCCAGGCCCCGCUCGACCUCAUGCAGCCGGUGACGAUGGCCGAUGGCCAGCGGCUGCGCAUCGUACUGCUCCAGGAUUUUCAGUCAGGCGGCGGCAGUAGCAUGCCGCCGAAGCAGACAAAACCAAUGAAGCCGUUGCCAUCCACGGCACAGGGACAGCUGGACGAGCUGACAAACAAGGUGUUCAACGAGCUGCUGCAGAGCAAGGCGGAGGCGGCUGCGGCAAAGCCACAGCCACAGCCACAGCCCAGCGAUCUGUGCUCCAUGAAGUCCAACGAGGCGCCCUCGGAGUGCUCCUCCUCCCUGUUCGAGCGGAUGCGUCGGCAGCAGCAGCAGCGCGACAACAUUCCUGUCAGCAAAUUGCCCAAACUGAAGAAGAAGUCCACAAGCAGUCAACAUUCCGAGGAGCCAACCACCAAUCCCUCUUCCUCCUCCUGUCUGGUGGCGGCGACAACGGCGGCCGCAGAUCCCAAGAAGCCCAUCAUUGCAAAGCUGAAGGCGGGCGUGAAGCUGCAGGUGACCGAGCGAGUAGCUGAGCACCAAGAUGAACUACUCGAGGGCCUGAAGCGGGCACAGCUGGCGCGGCUGGAGGAUCAGCGGGGCACUGAGAUUAACUUUGAUCUGCCCGAUUUCCUCAAGAACAAGGAGAAUCUCAAUGCGGCCGUCUCUAAGCUGCGCAAGGUGCGGGCCAACCUGAGUCCCGUCACCAGCAAGGUGCCGCCCAGCCCCACAGAGAUCCCUCAGCCGGCGCCACGCCUCUCCAUCACACGAAGCCAGCAGGUGGCGGGCAGCCAGCAGCAGCAAGUGUCGCCCAUGAAGGUGGACCAGGAACAAGAGACUGAAAUGCCUGCAGAGACGCAGGAUCAAAUUGAAUUUGCCAAAGCGCCGCCACCGUUGCCGCCAAAGCCAAAGGUGCUGCCCAUCAAGCCAUCCAACUGGGGUGUGGCCGUGCCGCAGCCAGCCGGAAACUACUGCAACAAAUUCUCCCCAACCAAACAGGCUCCAACAUCGCCCACGGCAAAGAGUGUUGCGUCCGCAGCUGGCUUUGUCAGCAAAAUUCCACUGGACAUUGGACGCAAGACGCUGGAGGAGGUGGUGGCGGGCACGCGGUGCGCCUACCUUGACGAGCCCAGCAGCAGUUUUGUGUGAUACUUCCUGGAUUCCCAAUGAAUGGAAUUGGCAUUGUUUUGAACUGGUUCUGAAAUUAUUUUGUAAAUACAUUUAUAUAUCUGCACUAUUUAUUGAUACCCAUACUCUCUCGCUGUUGAAUGAAUGUCCACCAACCAUAUCAACUAUGACCAUGAGCCUUCUAUGUAAUCUACAAAUAAUUAGCAACCAUAAGCCUUUAGCUUUAAAUCUUUUGUAUAAAUAUACAACAUACAUAUAUGCAUAUAAAAUAUUGCAAA